AAAAAUCAUUUAAAAUCAUUUGAGUAUAUAAUUGAUGCGAGUAUUUUGUCAAAUACUAAACAUGUAUCAAAAUCCUCAUAGUUUUCGUUUUUUGGAUAAAAAAUCACAAUCGGAAAUAAUCUCUUUAAUUAGCACAUUAGAUAAAACUAAAAUCACUCCUAAUAACGUUCAUUUUGUUUUGAUAUUCGCCCUUAGAAUUAUACUCUUCGGUGGUAGUGAAUCGUCUGUACAAUUUUGUUGGAAACUCUUGGAAUUAAUUCAAUCAUUAAAACUACCUUUAGAGUCUUUGAUAUCAGUUCAAUUGAUCCACGAUGUGUUGAGAGAUGAUAUAAUACAAGAAUCGCCUGAAGUACGAAAUAAAAUUAUAUCUUGGAUUUUAAAUAACAUCGAUUCGACAGAAAUUAAAAUGGCGGUGAAACAAAAAGUUGUGGAAAGUUUGGGUCCUAAAGGACCCAACAAUCAUUAUACAUUGGAUGAAUUACAAAAUAUCAUCCAAUACUUAAAUUUAAUUCGUUCACAACCAGACAUUAUGCCUCAGAGUGAUGAAUUAGAAAAACUAUGUCAAAAUUUGGUACUACGUUUAGGCAAAUUUCAAAUGCCUAAAGAUAUAUCUGGAAUUUCAGCUUUUAUGAAUCAUGUGGAAGAAAUUAAAGACUUUUUAAAUCAAGUAUAUGAGACUGCACCAACUGUAAUGCGCGUUACCAUGUUAAGCGCAGUUUAUAAAAGUAUAUCUGAGUCUCAGGGUGAUGCUGGACCUGGCUUAGCAGUAGUUUUGCAGUUAAUAGACACAAAUUUUAUAACAGAUGCCGUACGAUGGAUUUUAGGUCCUAAACAUGAUGAUUUUAGUCUUGUUCGAGGCUUAAAUGUUUUGGUUGGUUGGUUGUUUCAAUGGACCAGACAACCUCAAUUGGGAAAAUGGGUCGUGGCCUUUAUGAACGGCUUACGUGCUCAAGGAAGAUAUCGUGUUUUGGAACAGGUAGCUGUAGAACGAAUUAAAAACAUGAUUCCAAUGCUGCGCCUACCUGUUUAUCGAUCUAGCGUAUCGACUGUCUUGUUUCACAUGUUAUGUUCAAUGCAACACUCACCAUCAAUAUUUUUAAUCGCUGCUGAACAAUUUCCACCAAUUAUAGAAGCAUUACGAAAGGAAAAUUCCGAAUGUAGUAUGCAAUGUUUACAAAGCAUUGUAGAUGUGUGUACAGCCCUUAUGGAUCAUUUUCCGAAUUAUGAAAAUCAUUACGAAAACUUACGUAUUGCUUUACAAGAUGAGAAACCAUCAGAACAUUAUAGAAAUUUACUGAACAUACCAUCAUGGUCUAAUGGUACGGAAUUAGAAUUGGCAGUACAUAAUGUACCUGGAAAAGUAGGAUUAAUUAAUUUAGGUAAUACUUGUUAUAUGAAUAGUGUUUUACAAGCUUUAUUCAUGACACAAUCGUUUCGCAAUGACAUAUUAGUAUGUCCAUAUAUAAUACGACCUAUUGAAGGGUUACAAUCAUUGUUUGCAUUGUUACAAUUUUCAAAACGAUCAGCGGUUCAACCCCCUGAUGCAUUAUUAUCAAUUCGACCGCCUGGAUUUCUACCUGGCCUACAACACGAUAGCUCCGAGUAUAUGGGCUAUUUAUUAGAUACAUUACAUGAACAAGAGAAGCCACAACAUGCUGCAAGAUUCAAUUCAAAUGAGGGGGCACAAUCUGCUUCACUAACAAUCGUUCAACGUACAUUCGGUGGACAAGCGAUCACUACUUACAGUUGUAACACCUGCGGCGGUGAAAGUGUACAGACAGAUCCAUUUCGUGAUAUACAACUAUCAUUUCCAGUGAAUGCAAGUCGUGAUAAUUCUGUACAAGCAUUACUUGAAUUUUAUUUAGAACCGGAACAAUUAUGUGGGGAAAAUCGAUAUUGGUGUGAUCGUUGUGGAGCAUUAAGUAAUGCGGAGCGAAUUUUACGGGUUACGCAAUGUCCGAAACAUUUAAUUUUAACAUUAAAACAUUUUCGUUAUGAUCCAAAAUCUCAACAACGAGCGAAAUUGUUCCAAAGAGUUUGUUAUGAUCCUGUGAUAACUUUAAAUACUUCUCGAUAUGAUUUAUAUGCAGCUGUUGUACAUUCAGGACCAAGUGUGGAUUCUGGACAUUAUUAUACAUAUGCAAGAGAUAAUUUAGGUAUUUGGUAUAAAUUUAACGAUAGUUUUGUGAGUCGAACUUCCAUGGAUGAACUAUCAUCUCUUCAACAACCAUCCACACCGUAUGUACUAUUUUAUCAAAAACAAGAUGUGGCACAAUCACAACCUAUUCUAUUUGAAUCGUUGGGCAAUACAUUACAAGCAGUUGUGAAUCGUGAUUUAACUGCUUAUGCUGCAGAAUCACGUAAUCGUAUUCAACAGUCACCAUCACCAAUAUUACGAAAACAUGACGAUGAUGAUGAGCCACCAUCUAGUUGUGGUGGAAGUGGUGAUUUUAAUUCAAACAAUUCGAAUAGAUUUGUAUAUUAAAAAGAAUAUUUAAAUGUUAUAAGAAAAUAAUCAGAUUUUAAAAUUGUAUUUUUUAUUUAGACUGAAUUUUUCUCCACUUCGAACUCUAUUUAAAAGAAAUAAUUGUAUUACAUAAAAAUAAAAUAAAU